AUGGCUUUUGAAAAGGAAGGCACUUUGGAGGUAAAAGGCGACAGCCUCUACACCAAAUCAUGGGUGCCCGAGGGUCCCAUUAAAGCCAAGCUCAUCUUCAUCCACGGCUUCAGCGACCAUCUGGGCCGCUACGGCGCCUUCUUCUCAGCCCUAGCCGCCCGCGGCAUCGCCGUCCACGGCCUCGACCAGCGCGGCUGGGGGCGCUCCGUCAAGAAACCCGCCGACAUGGGCCUGACCGGUCCCACCACCCAAGUCCUCGCCGACAUGGCGGCCUUUCAUCACACCCCACCUCCCCGCCUCCCCCUCCGACCCGCUCCUGGCCUGCUGGACCGCACGGCCGCGCUGGCGAGCGGUCAGGUGCGGCCGUUGCCGGGCGGCGCGCUGAGGAGUUUGUGGAUUGGUCAUGGGACCGAGGAUAAGACUACGUGGUAUGAGGCUAGUCGGAAGUAUUUUGAUGAGUACACCGGGGAGGUCCAGGAUAAGGAGUUUAAGGCGUAUCAGGGGUGGUAUCAUCAGCUACAUGAUGAUGGGCCUGAUAGUAAGGAGUUUUAUAAAGAUGUGGGUGAUUGGAUCUUGGCGAGGUGUGAAGACGAGGGGAAGGGGGGCCCGAAGCUGUAA